GUAAGAUAUUACUCCUGUAUCUUUGGAGUAUUUAAAAAGAUUAUUGAAAAACAUAAUCGUUAUCAAAAUUUGAAUCCUGUAUCCCUUUCCGCGACUCCGCGAGGUUCCAGAUCUGAUCAAACAUGAGCGGGAAAAAUCAGUUCUGGCUACUGAAAACGGAGCCGGUAACGUGGUCGUGGGAGGACCAAUCCGCCAACGGUGGUUUAUCCAAGUGGGACGGAGUGAAGAACAAGCAAGCCCAGAAGCACAUGAAGUCCAUGCACCUUGGCGACCUCUGUUUCUUCUACCAUUCCGGCAAAAAAUCCCGACGAGUGGUCGGCGUUGUCAAGGUGGUCCGCGGCUGGUACACGGAUGGUGAAAGAGAUAAGGAAAGUGGUGGCGGAGCGGUGGACGUGGAGGCCGUGGGAGAGAUGAGAAGGCCUGUGGACUUGACGGAGAUGAAAAGGGAUGACGCCCUUAAAGGGUUUGUGCUUUUCCGGCAGCCUAGGUUGUCGGUUGUGCCGGUAGAGAAAAGUAUAUGGGAAAGGGUGUGUGAAAUCGGGGGUGGAUAUAGUGGCGAUGGGUUGGGAGAUGAGGAUGAGGAGGAAGAGGAGUAGGCUUCUGCAGCUCAAGUGUUUGCGAUUUUGUCUCACAGAAAGGUUUUUGCUCUUCUGAUAUCUUUGUCCAGUCAGGAGGAGGGUGAGGGAAUUUUGUACACUUUUGGGAUGAAACUGUUAAAUUUUGAAUUGUCCCUGGAAAACUCCCCAAGUUUGCUGCUUUGUUUUUCUCUUGAAGUCCAGCUAUGCUGUUGUUUCUCCCCAAAGCCCCUAUGGAACGUUGUAUUUUGAGAAUCUCUAUAUGUGUUUCUUUUA